GAGGAGCUAUAGACGAGGGGAGAGAGCUUCACCUCGAAGCUGCAGUAUCAGCGGUCAGCCACAGAGAACGUGUUCAUGACUUUUCAGCUGGACUGCCCCAAGCUGCUGAAGCUCACGGGACUGCCCGGCCGUCUCAUCGUGUCUCUGUUCGAGCACAGCUCAGUGGUGGAGCACGUGAAGAGUCCUGCUGGACAGACCUCCCCUGACAUUCACACAGUGGCUAAAGAGAUCGCACCCAUUAACGGUGUUGACCUUCUCAAGAUCCAUAAUAUCCUUCUAGAGAAGUGGCUUUGCACAUCAGGGCAGACAAAUGGCAAGGUAAGAGGUUUUCAAACACACGCAGGAACUUUAAAUGUUGGCUGAAGACUGAGGAAUAAUUCUCAAAGCAUCUUAUCAAACAAAGCAACUAAAUCUUUAAAACCCCCAUAAAGGCACAGAUUAUUGAGCGAUUAUUAGUACCAGUGUUUGUCACUACAGGACCUCCAGUACCAGGACUCUGUGACUGAUCUUACUGAGGAUCCUGAUCUCAUGAGGUGAACUAAAAACUCCUCCAUUAUACUUCACAGCUCUUUUUCCCAUCAGAGAAAAGUGUUUUAUAUGCACAUUUCUUUUCUUCUGUU